UGAUUUCCGUAGAAACAUGCAUUUACGUCGACUAAUCUGACAACUUAGAAGAGCAAAAUUUUUUAUUUUGCCAUUUGAUGCGCUCGAGCAAUAUCUCUGCAACUUGUAAUAAUAUUUGGACGCUCAAUUGACCGGGAAGUAAAAUACGGAUUGGUUUUGUAGUAUUGUAGAACCCAUUUGGACUUUCGUCCAAGCGAGAAACCAUUGUGCGAAAAUGUGGUGAAAUUCCUAACUGUGAGACAGUUGUGAUUUAAUUUUAAACCCUUGCUUGGAGUUUUCACCAGCAAAAUGUCGUCUGAAAACGGGGAAAGCUCUGGAGAUUUCAGCGUGAUCAGUCCUGAGCGUUUGGAACACGAAGCGCAAAUCGCUCGCGUGCAAAUUGCUCAGCAAAACGCUGUACCGGAAAUCGUUUACCCUGUUCCUUCAGCUUUAAAUGUUCCGGCCGACUCGCGACUUUCGGAAGUCCUUCGGGGUACGGCGAGUGUGCCAAGUUUCUACAAAAACACUGUCUAUGACGAUGUGGAGCGAUCGCGGAUCCCGAAACUUGUUCCGUCAGUAUUCAUCCGCCCCACAAAAUACCGCAGUAUGGGCAGGAGUAUCAGCAAUCUGAACACUACUCGUUCCAGUAGAGCAACACAUGCCGCUGACCCAGCAUGUGAUGAAUCAUGGACACCGGAAGUCCGGCACACACUGAAAUCGAAAAGCAUGGCAAAAUACCUUCAGAUAAAGGCCUGCGUGACAGAUCAGAUUGAUUUUAUUAAGACACGCGAUAAUCUGUGGUCCGAUAAGCGCAUCUACGCGGCGGUGAGAGCGUUGAAGCGAUACAUAAAUAAACACAAUUUCCGAUACACCAGCAUCACUGACCACCAACGCCAGUGGCUGGAAGAUAUGAUUAAGCGGCUGGAUCAGUAUUAUAUCCUGCGGAGGCCACGGAAAAUGGUCUUCCUGAAUCGAUGGAAGGAGAAACGCCGGCGCAUCCAGGCCCAGGACGAUCUCAAGCAGCGCUGCCUGCGGCAGGUCAAUCCGCCUUUCUACGAUUGGCUGCAAGAGGAACUACAGCGAGUGGAGACGCUGAUCGCCGAAGACCGUCGGGAGAAGCGACGCAAAAUAGCGGCUAAGAAUCAGACCAGGUUGGACUGGAUUGAAGGGCGCAUUCGCCGGUGGGACAAGAAGAUCCGACCGGAUCAGCGCCCAAAGUCCCCGGAAGUGGUACCGCCGCACGUUUCCCGUCAGCCGUAUUACGAAAAAAACUAUGUCACUAAAGUAAAAUACAUCAAACCGCAGCAAAUUAUUUAUGUUCCACAUAAACCACUGGUGGAAAUCGCAAAGGGCGUAGCGGAGGCUAACCGACUGGGAAAAUCCAGAGGAGCACGCGAUCCGACGCUCUCGAAACACCUCGACCCUCGAACGCAUCGUGUCUCCGCAUCUGACCCUAAACCGGUGAAGCCAGGCAGCAUGGAUAAAGCUGCGCGAAAACACUGCCACAAGGGGAACCGCCGCCUACAGCUCUCCGAAAUCACUGAAACGAAAAGCGUGCAUAACAGCGCAUCCACCACUAAAGAUCUUGCGGAUGUACAUGAAUUGAUCCAAUCUAUCGACGUACAACAACAAAAGCUGGUUGAAGAGCUGAAGCAACUAAAGCUCAAGAAACAGGAACUGACGGGAACACCCGAACCGGAAGAAGGGGAUACCUCCCGCACCGUAACCCCGAUAGUUUGUAAACCUGCCAAGCUCCCGCCGUUACCGGCAAAGGAACUGAUGAAAAAGCACCACGAAGAGGCUCACCGAACGGCCGGAGUUCGGCACGAUUACGCUUUGCAGGAGCGUAGUAAUGCCGUCCGGUCACGACGUGAGCUACACACCGUUCCCACGUAUGCAGGCGAGGAGAAGAGGAAAGAGAAAACACGGAAGCGAAAUGAUCUUGAUAAGCGUACUAAGGAUCUACUGGAGCAGGUCUAUAGUGGUGUGCGUGAUGCUAUCGAUGAGUACAUUGAUACGCUAGUGCAAAACGAAUUCUCUAACGUUAAAGAAAAUCGACCCCAAGCACAGCCUGCGUGAUUCCACAGAAAUUUACUACAGGAGCAGUGCAGCAUGUCUGGCGAUUUGUGAUUCUAUUUGAGAAGCAAGAUUUGAAACGAUAUUGUGCAAAACGGUAUGAAACAGUCAAAUUUUUGCGCAAUUGCAGUUUUAGGAAAAACUGCGGUUUCUACGUACUUUGCUCUGUGAAGUGGACAAAGCGAAUAAAUUAAA